AUGAGGCCUUCUUUUGAAUUAAUAGGAGUUGUUUUGACCUGGCUACUGGGCUGGACUGGUAAAGUGAGUAAGGCGCAAGAUAUGCCAGAUGCAACGCUGUUAAGUCACUGUCUCGUAGAUGAGAGUGGAUCACGGAUUAGUUCUAGAAUAAUCGAUUAUUCUGCUAACCCAAGGUGUCAACAAUACGGUACCGAUGAUCCGGGUGAAGAUGCUUUUGGGUCUGACGUUGUGUUCAGCUGGAAUACUGAUUGGUCUGAAGUAAGGAAUAGGGGCGGUUUUGGCUCGACAAAGAACCAGCAGGCCCUUGUAAUGGUUGAACAUUGCCGGGAAAUUAUCAUACCAACUCUCCAACAGUGUGAAGUUGAUCUUGAGAUUGGUCUGCUAAGGGAUAGAGACAAUCAACUAAACUCAGAGCUUCAAAUUCCUUUUGAUCAUAUCCGAACGUUUUCUAACGACCUUAAAAAGCUAAAUGGCACUGUCACAAAUAACCAACUUAACACCUUAUUCAAGGAUGCACGUCCUAAGAAUCUCGAUGUGAUAGACGAUGUGGGCCAACGCCCUAUCUCUAUCCUUCUAGGGGUUAUUAAGUUUAGCAGUGACCAAUGCGACUUUAGGGAUUUAACUAGUAAUGAUAUCAAAAAUGCCGUUAGCCAGUGGAAGGCGGUUAUAAGCGAGUCCUCAGCCGCAACUAUCAAAAACGUUUGUUUAGAGAGGCAGCUUAGACAUUUCUUGUAUCGUGUCCUAAGAUCACAGUUGUAUAUUGCUAGCUUUAUUAACAUGCCUAAUACCCCAUUGGGUAAGUAUGUCCAGUUUAAGCUUAGUACUGCCACAAUGAGUGCUUUAACUCCCCUGUUAAAUCUAUGCGUGCUUAAUGCUAUCAAAGAUAUGCCGACAGAAAGGGCCGUCAACCAUAUAUACCAAGCUAUAAAUAGUGCCAAGAAUGUGACAUGGUCGGACUGGACGCAGCACGUGGACCCAAUAGAUAUGCGUCUUACCAACUUAAGCAAUCAUAUAGACGAACCUAAUAGCCAUGCGGACUUUACAGUUUCAGAGGUUAAAGCCAUAUCUGCCGAUCUGGAUGCAUUGUUAGACCAUGUAAAGUAUGUGUUAGAUGGUGUAAAGGCAUUCUAUGCAAACAUUGAUGCUCUGACGAUCAAAUCUCAGACCUCCUCCAGCAUUCACGAGUGUGUGGACUAUGUCGUUGCCACAACAAACGCAGAGCAAUGUACCGCCGAAAUGACUAUGAAUGAUAUGACAAUUACUAAGGGCAAGAAUACAACGAAGGAUCAGGAUGAUAUGGAAAUGACUGAGGAUAAUAACACCACACCAAGCCCAUCAUCUGCUUUCUCUCUCAGACCUUGGGGUGUGUUUAAUCCUCUCCUGCUCUAUGGAGCUAUUAGCAGUUUAUUCUGGGCCCAUUUCACUCAUCUGUUCGGGCCACAACCAUAG